CGACUAUAAAGAAGAUGGUUCUCUCACCAACUUACCAGUUUUCCUGCUAGGUGCUCAGUGAUUAAAUCGAUACGAAGUGAACACUUUAAGAAAAAAAGAACGAAAAUGUCUCCACUAUUUCUAGUGGGGAUACUCGUAUCCACGGCCCUGGCCAACGACGUCCAGUUCUCAUUGAAGGGACAAUCUCCAGCCGACCCCAAAGAUAUUAACGCCCUGGCAAGUCAGAAAAACGCCUUCCAAACUGGAAACCCUCAAGACUUCUGGUGGAUGUCAGCAAACAGUCCAUUCAAAGACUCCUACGAGAACUUCAAAAAAUGUUCAGCAGCUGGAAACUGUCUGCCUCCCACUGGUUUACUUUCGAGUAACCAGAAAGGAGGUAACGCAGAUUUGGGGGCAAUAGACGUGAAGAAGAAUCCGUUUUUGAAUGGAGUUUAUGAAGUGGGUAGUCCGGCUUCGUUUGCCUCUUCAUUCUCCGCUUCUUCUUCUUCCUCUUCUUCGUCUGGACUCCUCGCUUCAUCCGCUUUUGGAACGAAGACUGAAGGAGUGGCAGGUUUCCAUUCCGGGGUAAAUGUUGAUGUUAGCAAAAACCCAUUCUUAAACGGACAAUUUGUCACAACAGGUAACGGUGAGAAAGUACGAAACGAAAACGGAUUCCUUGGGGUUCAACCAAAAACUCCAGGUUUUGCCACAACUCAUCCAUUAGCUAACAAAAAACCUUUCUCAACAACUAAACCAGGAAGCCAGGAACAACAAACUUCUUUCGUCCUUGGAGGAAACGUAGAGGGGAAUGAAAUAGUUAGUCAAGGCAAUAAAGUAGGCCUUGUAGCCUGCAAAGGCCAAGGUUACAUCUGUGUUGCCAAGAAUCUUUGUGAAAACGGAAUUGUAAAUAAAAAUGGAGAGGGGUUGUUGCAAGUUAGAAAUAAGGUUGAGUACUGCGAUAUUAAAACCCAAGAAUGUUGCCGUCUCCCUCGCUCAACAGUAGGAUCUCAUGACUUUGUCCUCGGUAAAACGGCUGUGAAAUCAGCUUUUCCUACCAGCAUUAAUGAUCUUUUGGAUAAAGUAGAAAAGAAGUCUGAGAAAGGAUCUUCUAAAUUGUCGGGAAGGACAGGUUCUUCUUCGGGUCACAUAAAAGUCCUCACCGAUGAUUCUUUGAGCAUCAAACCACAAGUUUUCCAUGCAGGAGAAAGCGGAUCGAACUCGAAUACAGCAAAACCUACACGAGAUACGACAACCAGUGCUAAUUCGAUAUUUCAGUCAACACCUGAUUAUAGUGAUGUUCAGUUCGACAGCGAUGUCAGGUUCUCCUCCACAAUCAAGGGUCCUGCUUAUCUCCCACCUUUCCCUGACACAACUCCAACGAUUUCAACGUACGAACCGUCCAUUCCAACGACACCGUCGAUAAGACCGUGCCCACCGGGUUCAUAUUUGACCUCUGCAAGGACAUGUGAAACCCCAAAAGCCCCUUCUUGUCCAUUUGGAACUGUCAGGAAACCAGACGGUAGUUGUCAAACACCGACUACUCCAGUACCAUCGUGUCCAUAUGGUACAGCGAGAAAACCUGAUGGAAGUUGUGAGCGAACCACUACACCUGAACCGUCCUGUCCAUUUGGAACUAUAAGAAAACCAGAUGGGACUUGCGUGAGGCCCAGCACUCCUGCACCUCCUUGUCCGUUUGGUACGAAGAGACAACCUGACGGAAGUUGUCGACGGCCAACAUGUCCAUUUGGUACAAUUACUAAACCAGAUGGAACUUGUGAGAGUCCAAAACCAGUUCCUACUUGCCCAUCUGGAACAGUGAAAAAACCGGAUGGUAGUUGUGAAAGACCAACAACUCCAACUCCUUCUUGUCCAUUCGGAACAAUCAGAAAACCUGAUGGUACUUGCGAAAGGCCUACUACCCCAGAACCAACCUGUCCAUUUGGAACCAUUAGAAAGCCAGACGGCAGCUGUGAACGACCAACGUCUCCAUCACCAUACUGUCCACCGGGAACGAUCCGAAAACCAGAUGGUGACUGCGAAAGGUCCGUAACUCCUAUUCCAUCGUGUCCAAUUGGAACAAUCAGAAAUCCUGACGGAAGUUGUAGCAGACCAACCACUCCAAAACCAGCAUGUCCAUUCGGAACAAUAAGACAACCUGAUGGGAAUUGUGAACGACCAAUAACUUCUGUACCAUCAUGUCCAUUUGGUACAGUGAGAAAUCCAGAUGGUAGCUGUGGAAGGCCAACUACCCCAACUCCUUCUUGUCCUUACGGAACUAUCAGGAAACCAGAUGGUAGCUGUCAAAGACCAGUUACGCCAACCCCAUCUUGUCCUUUCGAAACAAUCAGGAAUCCAGACGGUAGCUGCAGCAGACCAACAACACCUGCUCCAACCUGUCCAUUCGGAGUUAUUAGAAAGCCUGACGGUAGCUGCGAAACACCUACCACUCCAGCAAUAAAUUGUCCCCCAGGGUGGAUACAAAAAGCAGACGGUACGUGUGAAAGACCAAUUACACCAACUCCAUCCUGCCCAUUUGGAACAAUAAGAAAUGCCGAUGGAACUUGUGGAAGACCUACUACCCCAACUCCUUCUUGUCCAUUUGGAACUAUCAGAAAACCUGAUGGUAGUUGCGUAACACCUACUACUCCAGUACCAUCCUGUCCAUUCGGAACGAUCAGAAAACCAGAUGGAAGAUGUGAACGUCCAACGCCUUCUUGUCCAUUUGGAACUAUCAGAAAACCUGAUGGUAGUUGUGAAACUUCUACUACCCCCAAACCAUCCUGUCCUUUUGGAACUAUCAGGGAACCAGACGGUAGUUGUGACCGCCCAACCUCUCCAGCACCUUAUUGUCCAUCAGGAACAGUGAGAAAACCAGAUGGUACCUGUGAAAGACCAGUUACGCCAACCCCAUCGUGUCCAUUUGGAACCAUUAGGAAUCCUGACGGAAGUUGUAGAAGACCAACUACACCAGAGCCAUCGUGUCCUUUCGGAACUAUCCGGAAACCAGAUGGAAGUUGUGAACGUCCCACUCCUUCCUGUCCAUUCGGCGCCAAUAAAAAACCUGACGGUAGUUGUGAGACCCCUACAACUGCGAAACCAUCCUGUCCAUUUGGAACUGUUAGAAAACCAGACGGUAGUUGUGGAAGACCUAUCACAUCAACUCCAUCUUGUCCUUACGAUACUAUCAGGAGACCUGAUGGUAGUUGUGAAAAGCCCACUACUCCUAAACCAUCUUGUCCAUUCGGAACGAUCAGAAAUCCAGACGGUAGUUGUAGAGGACCAUCUACUCCAGCUACACCAUGCCCGUUUGAUACCAUAAGAAAACCUGACGGUACUUGUGGAAAAUCUGUUACUCCAGAACCAACCUGCCCAUUCGGAACAAUCAGAAAACCAGAUGGAAGCUGUCAAAGGCCAUCUACUUCCAUUCCUUGCCCAUUUGGAACUAUCAAAAGACCCGACGGCAGUUGUGAAACUACAACUACUCCAGAACCACGUUGUCCGCAAGGCACAAUCAGAAAACCAGAUGGUAGCUGUGAAAAACCGGCACCUUCUUGUCCAUUCGGAACCGUUAUCAAACCAGAUGGUACUUGUGAGAGACCUACUCCGAAAAAAUGUCCCCCUGGAACUACUAAAACGCCGUUUGGUACUUGCGAACGAUUGACUACCACAACACCAUCAACAAUGAAUAGAGAAUAUCUGCCGCCUGUGAGCUCAACGAAGCCUUCCACGAUAGACGAUGGAUACCACUACGACAAGCCCCAUCCAACAUUUUCGUAUCCAACGACAGAGCAUGAACAGGGAAUAGAGUCGAGCAUAAACAACGUGAUUUCAGUAGAGAGACCUGAAGGCCCGGAUAAUACGGGAGAUUCGGCAAAUACCGAUAAUGUAUUUGUUCAAACGACUAGGAGACCAGAAAAUGUGCCUUCAUACAAGAGAGAAGAUAUCAAUUCUGCACCAGCGGGUUGUGCAGCUGCUCUGAAAUGUGUACAGGAAAUUUAUUGUACUGCAGAAGGUGUGGUUUCUCCCGUUCCGGUUGUUCUCACCAAAGAACAAGAAUUACUCAGAGCUCCAACCACAGUUUGCAAAGAUUUGGAGAGCGGUAUAACUGGUAAGUGUUGCCGAGAUCCCAACUACAAGGAUCCGUGGCCUUCUGCGAAUUUGGUUGAUGGUUUCGACGAUGGGCAGUAUAAGGAAGACAACUUCUACGGUCAACACGAACUUGGUAGUAAUAGACUAGUAAGAGCGUCAAACAGUACCAGAAGGGUUAGAAGACCAGCCAGAAACUCGGCAUAUGAGCAAAAUACACAAUCUAGUCAACCAACUUGCGGAGAAAGACAUUUGAAUACUAAACCUCCCGGGUCAGGACCUUUAGAUGCUAAUUUUGCAGAAUAUCCUUGGCAAGCCAUGAUUUUGCGUGAUUCGAACCGUAGUUUGCUCUGUGGUGGAGCUAUAAUUGGAAGGGAUGCUGUUUUGACUGCUGCUCACUGUGUCGAAGGCCUCCAAACAUCAGAUGUCCUAAUCAAGGGUGGCGAGUGGAAGUUGGGAAUUGAUGAGGAACCUUUACCAUUCCAAAUAGUCAAGGUAGCUGCUAUCAUCAGGCAUCCAGAUUACAAAUUUGGUUCGUAUCAGAACGACAUGGCUGUGUUAAAGUUGACUGAGAAGUUGAGGGUAACCAAAAACGUUGGUACAAUAUGUCUGCCAGAACCAAAUACGGUUUCGACAGCCAAUUGCAAAGUUACUGGAUGGGGAAAAAGAAUCUUACAAUUGCAUGCAAAAGGAGCCAUAAUGCAUCAUAUUGACGUUAAAAUCAUGGACCCUCAACAAUGUCAGCAAACUCUGAGUGAAAGAUUCCAAGAUUCUGUACAACACUAUAGUUCAAAUACUCUUUGUGGAUAUUCUGACAUCGACCAGUGCAAGGUUGACUAUGGAAGCGCACUAGCAUGUGCCAAUGAUCAAGGACAAUAUUCUCUUUCCGGUAUAUUCUCUUGGGACACUGGAUGCAAGCAAGAAGGACAAAUAGGAGGUUACGUCGCACCUGAUGUAGAAUGGAUCCAGAGAACGUUGACCAAAUCAUUGAAGGAAUUGAGAAAGUUAGACAGAGAAUAUUUGCUCAGUAAUUCAAACUAAAAGGGUACAUUUCCAAAUAUGAAAAUUUGGAUUAGAUGAAGUAAACUGUUAAAAACUCACUGCUGUAAAUUUUUUAUAUUGUACAUAUUAAGGUAAAAAGUGUGAUACAUGAUAAUACUGCAGAUUUAAUUUAUUUAAGAUGUUCGUAGAAUGCCAGUUAUUCUUGUAUAUUUUUUGUAUUAUUUAAUUUUAACAAAAACUGCCAUAUCCUUUAUUCUUUUGUAAAAUUUCUUUGAAGAAUAUUAAAGGAAGAAUAUGCGUAUAAAAAUAAAAUAUGCAUAUAAAAGCAAAUUACUACUAAA